AUGUGGAUCAAUAAUCAGAGCUCGCUGGAUGAUUUCAUCCUGCUGGGAUUUUCUGACCGCCCCUGGCUGGAAACACCACUCUUCAUGAUCUUUCUGGCGGCCUACAUCUUUGCCCUAUUUGGAAAUCUAUCCAUCAUUUUAAUUUCCCGCCUGGACCCCCAGCUCAACAGUCCCAUGUAUUUUUUUGUCUCCAAUCUCUCCCUGCUGGACCUCUGCUAUACCACAUGCACAGUUCCACAGAUGCUUGUCAACUUGAGGGGACCAGAAAAGACCAUCAGCCGCGGGGGCUGUGUUGCCCAGCUUUAUAUUUUUCUGGCCUUGGGAUCCACCGAGUGUAUACUCCUGGCCAUCAUGGCCUUUGACCGUUAUGCUGCCAUUUGCAAGCCCCUGCACUACCCAGUCAUCAUGAACCGGAGACGCUGUGUCCACAUGGUUUCUGGGACCUGGGCAAGUGGUUUCACAAACUCCCUUGUCCAGUCCACUCUCACUGUGGUGGCCCCGAGGUGUGGACGCAGGGUGAUAGACCAUUUCUUCUGUGAAGUCCCCGCCCUUUUGAAACUGGCUUGCACUGACACUCGAGUGAAUGAAGCUGAGCUUAAUGUCGUGGGGGCUCUGAUACUCCUGGUGCCCCUUGCCCUCAUCCUGGGCACUUAUGUGCUCAUUGCUCAGGCUGUGAUGAAAAUCUGCUCUGCAGAGAGUCGCUGGAAAGCCUUCAACACCUGUGCUUCUCAUCUGCUUGUGGCCUUCUUCUUCUACUUCACAGCCAUCAGCAUGUACGUGCAGCCUCCCUCCAGUUAUGCUCACGACAGAGGCAAGAUCAUGGCUCUCUUCUAUGGCAUCGUCACGCCCACCCUCAACCCCUUCAUCUACACUCUGAGGAACCAGGACGUGAAAUCUGCCAUGAGAAGGGCCCUGACAAAGGGGUUUUGGGUCAAGACGAGAUGA